UUUUUGUUUCAUCAGCUGUCAAGUCUAUCGCCAAUUCAAACGGAGGAAUUCAACUUUUUUCAUGUAAACAGUGGAUCGGACACUGGAACGUCCCAGGCGGUCGAACUGGUCUGUAAAAAUCAAAUCCGAUACGCCCAGUGAAGCGUAGAAGGAACAUUUGUGUAGCUACCGGCGGCAGCGCUCAGCUGUGCUGACUUGGACGGCGACUCAGCAUCCACCUCAUCACUGUUCGAUCGGGCGGAAGGAGACAUUUAUGUACAGUAAAUGGCACAGGUAAACGUAGAUAGUUAGGGUAUAAGUGACAAGCCGUGUGUAUCAGUGAGAGGAGCUGCUAUUUUGAACUAAACUGGCAUCUCAAAUACCGGCAUUUUAGACAGCCACGUGACGUGACGUGAGAAAAUUACCGGGUAGCUUAACAGCUAGCCCACGGUGGUAGUGGGGACUGCCUGAAGUAAGCAACCGAUAGUCGGUCGUAUGUGACACGUUUUUUUCGGUUCAUCAGCAAUGUACGGCAAACAGGGUUUAGUUCACCUCAUAUGAGUCACACCGUUCGUGCCCACAUGAUGCAUCAACAAGGGUCGCUUGUUUCUCCUUUGUUGAGCGGGGUAUUCUGUCAGUGUCGCUCUGACGAGUCUCACCAGGGCGCCGACCCAGGAGGAGGAGGUGACGGUGGCACUGGCACUGGGGCUGCGACUGGGGCACCGACGAUGCCCCCCAAUGAGACACGGGAAUGCCCGCUGUCAGAGUCAAAGGAUGGAGGACUGUGCGACACCAUGCAUAACUGCCCGGUUUGUGGUGGACCCGAACAAGAACACAGACUGAAGGUCUUGUUCCAGAUCUUGGACGUGAAUAGGGACGGGGGUAUCUGUGUGAAUGAUCUCACCAUUGGCCUCAAGAAGCUGGGAGUCCAUCGCACAGAACAUGAACUCAUGAAAAUUGUCAAGGCCGGGGACAAGGACCUGGAUGGCCAGCUGGACUUUGAGGAGUUUGUGCACUACUUGAGGGACCAUGAGAAGAAGCUGCGGCUGGUCUUCAAGAGCCUGGACAAGAAGAACGAUGGUCGUAUUGACUCUCAGGAGAUUAUGCAGUCGCUUCGUGACCUGGGAGUGCACAUCUCAGAGCAGCAGGCGGAGAAGAUCCUCAAGAGCAUGGACAAGAACGGCACGAUGACCAUCGACUGGAAUGAGUGGAGGGACUACCACCUGCUGCAUCCGGCAGACAACAUCCCCGAAAUCAUCCUCUACUGGAAACACUCCACGAUCUUUGAUGUUGGUGAGAGUUUGAUGGUACCUGAUGAGUUUACGGCGGAGGAGAAGACGACGGGCAUGUGGUGGCGACACCUGGUGGCCGGAGGGGGUGCAGGUGCCGUGUCGCGCACCUGUACGGCUCCCCUGGACAGACUCAAAGUGCUCAUGCAGGUACACGCCUCGCGUAGCAACAACAUCUGCAUCGCUGGGGGCUUCACUCAGAUGAUCAAGGAGGGUGGGGCCCGGUCGCUAUGGCGAGGGAAUGGCAUCAACGUUCUGAAGAUCGCUCCUGAAACUGCCAUCAAGUUCAUGGCAUACGAACAGAUCAAGCGUUUGAUUGGCAGUAACCAGGAGACGCUGGGCAUCCUGGAGAGGUUUAUGGCCGGCUCAUUGGCUGGAGCCAUCGCCCAGAGCAGCAUCUACCCCAUGGAGGUGCUGAAGACCCGGUUGGCGCUGCGGCGGACGGGCCAGUUCUCGGGCAUCGGUGACUGUGCGAAGCACAUCUUCCAGAAGGAGGGGUUGGUGGCUUUCUACCGAGGCUACAUCCCCAACAUGCUGGGCAUCAUCCCCUACGCUGGCAUCGACCUGGCAGUUUACGAGACUCUGAAGAACUCGUGGCUGCAGCGGUAUGCUACUGACAGUGCGGACCCUGGCGUCUUCGUGCUGCUGGCGUGCGGGACCAUGUCCAGCACCUGCGGCCAGCUGGCCAGCUACCCUCUAGCUCUCGUGCGCACACGCAUGCAGGCCCAGGCCACUCUGGAGGGCAGCCAACAGAUGAGCAUGUCUAGUCUGUUCCGGCAGAUCGUACAGACGGAGGGUCCGAUCGGCCUGUACCGCGGCCUGGCCCCCAACUUCAUGAAGGUCAUCCCGGCCGUCAGCAUCAGCUAUGUGGUGUACGAGAACCUCAAAGUCACGCUCGGCGUGCAGUCGCGAUGAGGAGGGAGUGCGACAGGACACGCAUAGGACCGAUCAGGGCAAAAACACAAAACACGCACAUCCUGCGAAAAAAGGCAUAUUUUUUGUUUGUUUUGAAACAAAAUGGCUUUUUUGUUUUUCUUUUUCGUUGCGUUUUUUGGUUUGGACGGUGACGAACGAAACGUAGACAGAGUGCUUUGGGAGCGAGUGCUGUCCGGGAGUUGGCCAAGGGGUUAUGUUACCGUGGGCAAUAUGGGAACCUUCUGGAACCUUCUGCAACCUUCUAGAUUCCCCUGCCUGGAGUAGGGGGUUCUUACCUCCAGCUCUGUGGUUCCAUUUGGUGAGCGGUCAGAGGAAAGUCAUCUCGACACCACCCCCAAACCAAGUGAGAGGAAUGGGGGGGACUUGGAGGGACUUGGGUGGGCAGUUUCUGCCUAGAGACACUGUGAGCUGGGGAAAGGUGACUGUCCUACACUGCCCCAUACAGAGUCAUCAUUACUGCACCAUUAAUCAGUAAUAAUAGUUUCAAAGUUAUUGUUAUUUGGUUCUUAUUAGUGGUAGCACCACUUGAUACUACCUGUUAUCAUUGACACACGUCAGAUUUUUUUAUGUCAACGAUUUCCCCCUUUCAGCCCUCCAUAAUCUAACCCAUAAAACUGUUUCAAGGACAUAAAAUAGCCACCUUAACAGCUUGUACAAGUUGACGUUAAGUUAAUUGUAGUGAAUCCAGUGUUAGUUUGGUUUUGUGAAGGGACCAGCUGUUAAGGUAUUUCUGUAGUCUGGUAGUUUAUUAGUUGCUACCUUUGCACUCACGGUAGUGGCCUACUGACGUACUGCUGCGCUUGUGUGAGAGGAAGAGGAUCUUCUUGUGUCUUGUCCAUAGGCAUACUGUACAUAAUUAUAUACAUACAUAGAGUAUGUUCUAUAUAUGGUGUGUCUAGGGUCCUGACGAAGGGCACAUUGAAGAUUUCAAUCUCUCACUGCAGUACCAUCUCUCUUAUAUAGGGGGCAGUGUCUGCCUAGCAGUGUGGAGAGAGUUUGGGUGAGGAUCUUUCUUGCCCCCCAGGCACCAUUAGUAACACGAAGGGCUUGUUUCAUAUUUUUUUUAAUUAAAAACUUUAUUUUUCAUUUGUUUUGUAUUGCUCUUAUCUGCCCCUAUUUGUUCAAAUUUCAAAGAAUUCGAAUAAUACGUUGGAUUCUUAUUUUGUUUUGUUUACAUAAUUUAUUCAAAGUAAUUCCUUCUCUUUUCACUCCCAUUUUGUAUUUAUUUAUUCUUUUCUCUUUUUUUGUAAAAUGGAGAUCAUCUCUCCACCACCCCCACCCCCCCCCAUAACCAAAACGAUAUGGAAUUUAUUGUGUAGUGUGUAUGGAGAAAGUUGCUGUGGUCCAGAACCUCUAGUGUCUUACGUCAAUAUUAUCUUCUCAAAUAAUUGUAUAAGGACUGUUUAAGAAAAAGUGAGUUUUAAUUUAUUUUUAUAUACGUAGAUAUUUAUUGAAAUGCUGUCUGUAUGAGUAUUCUAGCUGAACACUUAAUAACACGUUAGGUGAGGAGUUUUUGUCAUAUUUUUGGUCUGUAAUCCUUAAUUAGUCUUAAACAAACUAUAUCAGAAGUAAACCACGUUAUCAAAUGCCAGGAAUUCAUACUGGCAUGUAUUGGUAAGGCAAGUUAGAGACAGACUUUCCGGCUCAGACAAUACUGAUUGAGGGCUAUGAAAAAAAAUGAUUAAAAAUAAUUACAUUUAAAGAGGCUGCUAGCUCAAACGUGUGCUUCUGACACUGAAAGAUUUCUCUCAAACAAAUGUACCAGAAUCCAUUGCUGAGGGUUUUGAAGAUGCUGUACUCUACUGCCCUACAAAAGCAAAGUGCAGUAACUUUGACAGUAAAGUUGACAUAGCAAUAUCUCUAAAACGGGACACAUUUGGACACAUUUUCUUUGCCACAAGAUAAAUGAGGUGUUAUGAAGACCAUCUUCAGUACAAACUCAAAUUUGGAAAGAAAAAAAAAGUUACUGCACUUUGCCUUUGCAUGGCACUCUAGCACCCAACCCAAUCAGGCAAUGUUAUUUUCCAAUCUUUUGGGUCCCCCCCUACGCUAGCUGAGGUAUAAAUCCCUUGUGUUGUCAACUCGACCCCUGCAGCUCUAAAGCAUGUGGGGCGUAGAGAUGAGGGUUCACUUCUGCACUUUAUUAUAAGAGGAAAAAACAUGUUUGGACUAGACUUGAAUGUGUACAUUUUUGCUUCUUUUUGUGAGAAAAAAAGAGAAAAGUUUCAACCCUAAAUCCAAAUGAUGGGGCAUGGACUUGUUUUGUGACUGACUGGAUAUGCAAACCCCUCUUUUGUUCUGAAUCAUUGUUGUACCUGUUUGUUUGUAUGUGUGCAUGCAUGCAAGAAGUGAAUGAUGUCUGGUGCGUUAAACACUGAAGACUAGAAGGGGAAAAGUGGAAAUAAUUCUGCUUUCGAAAGACACACUUGAGUUUUCCAUUCCGGGAAGACAUUCACCUUUCGCCCUUACCCCCUCCCCCUGUCUUAAAACCAGGAUACAUGAGUCGUUGGCCUUAAGGGGAACAAGAGUCUGGCAAUUCUCAAAAUUUCAAAUUUUGGGGGGAAAAAUAGAGUUGUAGUUGGCUCUGAUAUGCCAGCGUAUGAUUGAGAGCUUCAAAUUCAGAAUUGAGAUGGAAAAUUUGGCCUGUGCAUUGGGAAAAAAAGAACGCUCAGGGAAAACAAGACACAUUUUUCUUCCAUUUUCCCGUCCUGCUGUUUGAAGAGUCGAGAACCACACAACGUCGCCACUGUCUGUUCAGGUCAUUUCAUAACCAGCUAGUUGUCAUUUCUUCUACCGCUAUGUAAAACUAACUUACAUUUACAAUUUUUCUGUUUUUGGUCCCUUUUGGUCUCACGUGAUGCAUGUGACGGUAUAGCCUGUUUAGAAUUAGAUUUUUUUUGUUUUAAAAAACAGUGUGUAAAGGGUGGAAGUUGUGAACAUAGGAAGAGAGUUCUGUGUUGAUAUCGAAGCAUCUGAUUGGUUGCAGCCUUUUUGCACAUUUUGCUUUGGUGGAAAUUCCUCUGAAGCGGUUCUUCAUUCUCUCCUCUGCCGUAGCUGUGUUGGUGUGUUAGUAUGUUUGUGCGUGUGUGCGUGUGUCUUGUGUGCAGUGAUAGUCAACCUUCGUUGGUUAUACAAUCCACUGCCACAUAUUCAAAUGGCCUGUUUUUUACAUGUCCAAUCCAGCCAAGUGAUUGCUUGGUUGAAUGAUCACCUGGUUAAAUUGCACAGGUAAAACCAUGUCAUUUAAUUUAUUUUAGGAUAUGUGGCACUGGACUGUAGUAACUAAUGAAUCCAGAUUGCCCAUCGCUGCUGCUAAUGCGUAUGUUUGUAGACCAUAUCUGAGACUGUUAAAAUAUGCUGUCUCUGCUGUCCUACGGUACACACUCCAGAUCAUGCCUGGAAUCUAGAGCCUUACUGUUCAUAGAAGCUUUUCGGCAGUCAAUAUGAAUGCUUGUGCACACUUGAAAUGCAUAACUGCCCCCUCAAUGUAGUCUGUUAUUACACAAGUGGCUUCAAAACUGGUUGUGCUUUGAAUCCAAAUACUUUUUUCAAGACAUGACUUGGUUGUAGAGACAAAGAAAGUGCAUCUAUUUUGACAAUUACAAGAUAUGCUGAAACGUUAUGCAAAAAAGUGGCGCUAAACAGCAGUUAUUUUCUGGCAUUGUCCGCUGUAUAAUUCAUAUGUUUGAAUGAAUGCUGAGCAAAUGUAUGUAUGUUAUGGGUACAGGUUCAAAAUAAAGUUAUUAUUGGUUCAA